GCGGCGCAAUGCAGCAUGGCUGCACGAAAGAGAGAGGAAUCAUCAAAACAACGUUAUCAAGCGAACGCACGUGAGAGGGACCGUACUCAUAGGAGAACAUACAGUAGCGCAAAAUACGCGAAUACUCUUAAUGAGGGUAAGGAACCCAAACGCAAAAUUCAAGAAAUCCAAUCUUCGCUGUGCAGUGUGAACACGGCUUUCAGUGCCUUGAGAACUUUAAUACCAACGGAACCCGCGGAUAGGAAAUUAUCAAAAAUAGAGACAUUAAGAUUAGCAAGCAGUUACAUCAACCACUUGGGUGCUGUUCUUGUCGCUGGUCCUAUAGAUCAACCCUGUUUACGUGUUGAAGACAACAGUGGUGUUUAUGGAACAAAUCAUUGGACUGAUUCGCAAACAAGGCCACAAGUCUGCACUUUUUGUCUUGCCAUGCACAAAAAAUAUAACUUAAAUAUCGCUUCAGAGGUAAUUUCAAAUUAUUAA